GCAUUAAAAUUAUGCUCUUUCUGGACGUAAAUGACUUACGCCCCUCCUGGAACGGCGUAAAAAGGCAUUAAAAUUUUGCAUCAAAGUCCUAUACCUUUCACGCACCCUCGCCAAGGAAAUUAAACGAUUUACGCCCUUAAAAGCGUAAAAGAAUGUUAAUGCCCUGAAGGGUGUAGUUUUCAUGCCUUUGUUUUACGAGUGAACUGUGAAAAUUUGUUGUCACUUUAUGACAAAAUAGUGGAUAAUAUUUUCAUCACUCUCAAAAGAUGACAAUCUCCACAAAUUAACGACAUUUUUAUCAAAGCUUCUAUACUUAUUGCAUUGGUGUGACAGCAAUGUAAUCCAUUGUUUUGAUGACAUCCUUGUCGGGAAUAUUAGCCUUGAAAUUGUCAAGCGACGACUCAAGUUUUCAGUGUGUAGCGCACCCCUCAAACGUAAUGUGUGUUUAUGCCUAUUUCAUGAAAGUGCAAUGUGAACUCAUCUUCUGUCCCGUAGCGUUCCCCACUCCCUCCAUCUCGUGAUCCAUGAUAAUUGCAACGGACUCACGAUCGGCUAGAUGGAUUGCUGGCUAUUUCUGACUCCCGUUUUUGUUGUUUUUCUGCUCACUGGCUACGCCGGAGCACCCAUUGUGUCGGAGAUGCACGGCAUAUUCGCCAGAAUCUGUUUGAAGUCGGACUCGUGCGCAUCUACGUUGAAGAUCCCGCGCAUGCUGUGCUCAACUAGGACGCGCCAUGUGUGCAGCAAAACAAAGAGAGCUGUUGUCAUUGAAGGGAGCCACAAGAUGGGGUGCAUGAUUGUCGUUCUCGCAACGCUAAUCUCAAUAAGAGAGGUGCUGAGUCUUCCGCGAGUGCGGCUCGUUCCAAAGAUCCACGGUAUUUGGCCAUGUCCAGCACACUUGAAUCACUUCACAGAGAUUUACAACUAUUCCAUUGGGUUGGAUGAAAACGGAAUGGAGCGUCUUAAUGUCGACGGAAAGAUUCACAGGAAGAUCAUUACUGUCACUAAGUUCGCGAUAACGAUGCACCGAUGUCGAGGUGGCGUGUCUGCAGGGAAUUGCGAAUAUUUCUCAAACUGGAACUGGGAGAGGGGCUGCUGCGCUAUUAUCGCCACAAGGGGUGUGCCGUGGACACCUAUCGUCGACUCCAUCAGCCCCACGUUCCAGUGUCCCAUGGACCAGAUAUAUAUAUUUUGAUCUACAUGAGACUCGGAAACGGGAAAAACGUCUUCAGGGGAUCGAAACCGAGUCCGAUCCAAAUCUGCAGUCCAAAUUGAGCUCGCUCGCCAUCAACUCUCAAAAAGACAGUAAAUGUGAUCCGAUCUCAUUGAGAUAAAAACUGGCCUAGCCAAAUCUUGCAAACAAGACACUCACCAAAUUUGAAAUUGAAAUUACGUAAACUUUCUAUUAUACAGGGAUCUCAUUUUUUUGAACACCAGUGAGAUUUUCAGUGAAAUUAAAACUCGCCGAUGAAAAUAAAUCAAAAGGCCGGCUAAAUCUUAAAUGCCAAUGCUAAAGCCGGCUAACGCAUUGCACGGUGUCCCGACAUUGCAACAUGUUUGAAGUCUGUCAUUAGUAAAAAGUUCGUAGCAGAAAGGACGCAGUAAAUUAAUUUUCGUGGGUUGGCAUCAGUUAUCUCGGCGUCUGCGCCCUUUCAAAAAUCGCCUGCCCCUCGCUGUAUGCGAAAUAUGGCGGCACGAAGUAUGGCAAAUCCUGCUCGCUGAGGGCCAGCAGAAGACGACGCCUGCCAGACGCUUGAAACUAGCGAUAUUUUAGUAUUGUCAGCGUUUUCCACCAGAUUACUGUUACCAGUUUGUUCCUUAAGAUAUCCGAAACAUUUUAUCGCAAUAUCAUUCACAGAAUUCGCUCCCGCGGGUGAAUUUCACUGUGGCAAAAAGGUACGGAAAAUUCUGUUAAUUUUUUU